AUGUUCAAAUUCCGUUUUAGCAGCAAACCGAAAGCUUCUAGUUCUCAAUCAGGUGCUAAGGGCUCAGAAGAUGAUAAUGAAAAGUCUUUAAUUGAUAAUUCAAUUAAAUAUUUGUUUUAUGUAGUAUUAGGUUAUCUUUUAGUUGUUCAUGUAGGUGGAAUUAGUCUAGUUUUUUUGUAUAUAAGCCUUGUUCAAAACGCAAAAGAAGUGCUAAAAAACAAGGGCCUUCAUACGCUAACGUUUUCUGUGUUCUUAAUUGUUUCAACCUUCUCAAACUCUGGAUUCGUCCCUACCAAUGAAAACAUGAUGGUUUUUAAUAAAAAUCCAGGCCUUCUUUGGGUUCUAAUCCCACAAGUCGUCCUUGGCAACACAUUGUAUCCAUCUUUCCUGCGACUUCUCAUCUGGGUUUUGAAGAAGGUAACAAACCAAGGGGAGUUUGAAUACAUGUUGAAGAAUUACAAAGAGAUUGGCUAUCGCCACGUGCUAUCUGGCGUUUAUUCUUCUCUUCUUGGUGUUACGGCAUUUGGGUUCAUAUUUCUUCAGUUUGUGAUGUUUUGUGCCUCGGAAUGGAAUUCAGAAGCCAUGGAUGGUAUGAACACCUACCAGAAACUCGUUGCUUCAUUUUUUCAAGUGGUUAUGAGGCAUACUGGUGAAUCUGUGUUUGAUCUCUCCAUAAUUUCUCCAGCUAUGAUGACGCCCUUCGUUGUUAUGAUGUAUCUCCCACCCUAUACAUCGUUUUUACCCAGAAGAUACCGUAAAACAGAUUCAAAAAAUGGCAAACUCAAGAAAAAGGGAAAGAAGCGUUUUGCUAAGAAUCUGAUACUCUCACAACUUUCUUAUUUAGUCAUCUCUACCAUCCUGGUCUGCAUCACAGAGAGGCAAAAAAUCAAGGAAGACCCCCUCAACUUCAAUGUGUUAAACAUCACCGUAGAAGUUAUAAGUGCAUAUGGGAAUGUUGGGUUCACCACUGGGUACAGCUGUAAACGGCAAUUGCAUCCUGAGAGUUCAUGCAAAGACACUUGGUAUGGAUUUGUUGGAAGAUGGAGUAAUGGUGGAAAAUUGAUACUCAUUCUUGUCAUGCUCCUUGGAAGGCUAAAGAAAUUCAACAUGAACGGUGGUAAAGCUUGGAAGCUAGAAUAACACAAGUUAUAA